UUUCGACUACAGGGGCGCAAUUGAGCCGGUUGCAGCCGAAGUCAGUCUCGUCUCAACAUUGUUACGAACUUUCUCGAUCUGUCAGGAGUCAUGUCGAAUAACAGCGCCGGCGGUCUGGUCAGCCUGCAAAAAAGCGUCAAGCAGCUGCGAUUUGAAGCAGGAAUCCGCAGAAUCAAGGUUUCUCAAGCUGCGGCAGAGCUGAAAGCAUUUUGCAUGCAAAAUGCCCACAAGGACCCUCUCCUCAUGGGAGUCCCAUCAAGCGACAACCCCUUUCGGCCCCCCAAAUCAUGUGCGCUCUUCUGAGGAGCGGUGAAGAACACGGAGAAACUUCUGAACAUUCCUCUUUCACUCAAACGUUUUCACUACACAACCUUCAGACCCCCUUUACAUUACAGCGGAGCUGGUCAUCACCGUUACCGUUACGCUACAUCGUUCCAUUUGUAAGCUGCGUUUGUGACUUGAAGUCUUUCACGUUCAGUGACGUGAGUUAUGAAGAAAACCUGUGAGAAGUGAUUUUAAAAGUGUUUGCAUAUUGUUAAAUAAGGGCAUCGUAGAGCGAAGUUAAACUAGCAGGAAAGAAUUCAAGCGUUUAGUUGGUACACUGAAAAAAUUGACAAAUUUGCAGAAAUAUUAUAUUAUCUUUUUUUUUUUUUUUUGCUGUGUAGCGAAGUCCGUUUGAAUACCAGCCUUACACAAAAAAAAACCUGCAAAAUGCUUUCUUGUCGUAAUAUGUUUUAGUUUAGGAAGAAACGCAGAAUUAAUUUGUUUAUUGAUGCAAUUAGGCUUACAUACAUAGACUUGUGUUGCCACGAAACUUUAAUUGUAUUAACCACAUAGCUCUAUUGAAGGAGAGAGAUGUCUUGAAUCUCAGGUUCUUUUUGUUGAAGAUCGAUGCUGUGUUUCUGAUAUAAAUUCACUGUUCUGAAUACUGAAUGAAUGAGGUACUACUUUUUAUUCGGAUGCAUUUUCCCUAAUCUUGUGAGGUUUCUGCAUAACUCUGACAUUUCCUAAAUGUUCUAGUGUUAACACUCGAGUGCAGAGUUUUAGUAAUAUUUGCUGGUGAAAGGGUGCUGCCUACCUGUUACGCUUUUACUCUAAGAAUUUGAACACCAAAUGACCGUGAGCGUACCAGCUGGCCUGUUUUUGCAUAUACUCUCGGCUUACUGAUCUCAUCUUAUACCUGUACUGUAUCUUCAUCAGUCAACCACUAGACGUUCAUGCAAAUGUCAUUUUUACUGCUGUCACUGCAUUGUUAACUUUUUCAGUCUGUUUACCUCGUGUAUGUCUUGCAUUUUAAGAUUGAACGUGCCUAGGAGAGCAACGUCUGAUUUAUUUGAGAGACGCCAAUAUAAUUUUCCUUAUUAAACUGAAUCAAGAUGUUGUCGGUAAAUAAGGUGCCAUUGAUAAAUAAAUUAAAAUGACUGAGCCUAAAAAAA